AUGAAUUCCAGAGCGUUUGGAUCUCAGAUGAACAACUGUAUUCCAGUUUCUGAUUUUUCAGCUGCUGGAGCAUCUGAAAGUGAUGUGAUAAACAGAAGCUUUACAAAUGUGAAGAGCGAACGUUUCCCUGUUCAUCCUUUGGACAUACCGGAAAAUUUUGUUUUGUUAAGUCAAGAUAAGAUGAAUUUUCUUUCUCUGAGAAAUAUUCUGGGGCUGCAUGCACCGCUGAAGCUGCAAAUGGAAUUCCAAGCAGUGAAGCAGGUCCAGCGUCUUCCGUUCCUUCCUAGUUCUAACUUGUCCCAGGAUAUCUGGAAAGGCAACUGUGACUGCGUUGGUUUUGAGGACAUUUUGAAGGCACAGAGUGAAGUAAUGGGAGAUCCUCAUCUUUUGGUUGAACACAAACUUGGUUUAUUAUAAAGCGCACAUACUGCAUCCUUCUGUUUAUGAAAAUGUUUCUUGCCUGUGUCCCUGUAGGUUCAAGUAAACCAUAUUAAAUAGUAGUUGUACAUCACUUGUUUUGAUAAUCUCUCACCUACCUUGAUGGGAAAAGGCUCAUUAAAUGCUUAAAUAUAUUACUUUUGUUCUGUGUUUACUGUCAGUACAAAUGUCUUGUAAUUGGGUAUUUUUUUAAAAAAAAAUCGGGAAAUAUCUCUAUUACUGUUUCAUGUCUGCAACUGGAACUGUAGACAUUAAAAAGUCUAUAGAAAAGGGACAUUUUAGAUUGAACGUUCUUGUUCUUUGCCAUAUAUAGCCCAGGUAUUUGCUGUUUAAUCUUUCUUUCCUUAUGCUUGAUGACUUGACAUGCCAUCUUUUAAAAACAAUGAGUAAAAUUUUCUAUAAAUGCAA